GAUGCACCGGCCUUUCACAGGGAGAUGAACUACAAUGACGAGUAUUUGGUUUGGUUUCGUCCCCGCACUAUUCGCCAUAUUACAAAAGAGACUUCGUACUGGGACACUUUGGUUGAAUCACAGUUGCGCAUUAUAACGAAGUGCGAACCAGGGUCUGAGAUCUACACCGAUUGUAUUAAUGCCUUGCAAGCUAUUGAAGAGAUCGGUCGGUUAUCCUUGGACCAUGCACGUGACGUGGGCAACACAAGUGAACCAGCUGUACGACGUGGUCGGCAAGCAAGUGGACGUCAAGGGCGUGGAGGCCGUCAAUCUAGCCAGCGUCAUACAUCUAGUCGGCCUCCCACAUCUGGUCAGCGUCACACACCCGUGCCCACAUCUAGUCGACGUCCCACAUCUGCUCAGCGUCCUACAUCUGGUUCGCAUCACACACCCGUGCCCACAUCUAGUCGGCGUCACACACCCGUGCCCACAUCUAGUCGGCGCCACACACCCGUGCAUGACCACACCAUGGAGGAAGCAAGUCAGACAACAGAUGAGAUGUGGGACGACACCGCUUAUGACGUAGGCUCCAUGGCACACGAUGAUAUGGGUCCAUCCCAUACGUUUGCCCAUAGAGACACAUUUGGGUCCCCAUCCAUGAGGAGCGAUGGUACUUGCCCACCCACACCCCCUAGUACAUCUCUGUUGCCCACCACCCGUACGUCUCCCCCACUGACUGCCGGCCCUGCCCCCGCAGUUUUAGAUGGUAGAGAUGAGAUGAGGUUCAUGCCCACUCCUGGGCGACCCACCCCUGUUGCUGUCCCCCCUGAGUUUGUGCAUACCGAGUUUAUCCAGACACAGAUACCCACCCCCCCAGCAGAGCCUUCGCACAUCGAGGAUCGGCCACGAAGGCCGCAACGCACACGGACACAUCCUCCUGACUGUGGGACUGGACAUGGCAAGGUGAGACCAGUCAAGGAACCGGUGAGGAGAAGAAAACGAGAAUGAUUCAAGGGCAGAAUUUGUGCUACUUUGGGUUUGUAAUGGUAUAGGAUCUUUUUGUCAUGUAUAGGAUCUUCUUGUAUAUAUUUUAUAUGAUGAGCCACUAUUAUGCAAUCCACAUGGAUUACAAGAUAUAGACUGGAAUGUUAUAGGCAUUCUUAUAUAGAUGAUUUCAUGGUAGUGGUUGAUAAGCAUUGUGCAUGCUUUAGUAAGCAUUGUGGCAACAAUCAGUUGUUAUGGGAUGUUUCUAUUAAUGGGUAUUUGCUAAUUGUAGAGAUGAAUGUGGGAUGUUUAGAAAUGCAAUAGAAGGAAACUUUUUGUUGAA